UACUCCCAUCUCUCCCUUUUCUCUCUCUGAAAAACCCCUUUCUCUCUUAGAGUCUCUGCAUCACCAGAGAGGGACUCUGCUUCUUCUCUCUGUGAGUGAGUAGUAAUGGAGACAGGAGUGUUAGUACAGAAACUCAUUGACACAAUCAAUGAAAUCUCUAAAAUAUCUGAUUACAGAUUUGUUGUCAAGAAACAGUACACAAGUUUAGCUAGAAAACUCAAGCUAUUGUUACCAUUGUUUGAAGAAAUCAAGGAAUUUGUAGAUCAGAUCAAUGUAGAUACUCAUGGUGAGAAUCAGCAGCAGAAUAAUGAUCACGAUGAAGAUGAUGAUGAUCUGAUGGAAUCAUUGAUGGGUUUUAAAUUAGCUCUUGAUUCUGCUGAUAAUUUACUCACAUUUGGUUCUCAAGGUAGCAGGAUUUACCUAGUGCUGGAGAGGGAGCAGACAAUGCGCAAAUACCAGGAAAUAUCGGCUCGUUUGGAGCAAUCUCUGAGUGGGAUUAUCUUGGGAAAGCUUGACAUAUCAGAUGAAGUGAAGGAACAGGUUGAUCUAGUUGUUUCCCAAUUCAGAAGAGCCAAAGGGCUGGUAGAUCCACAUGAUGUGGAUCUCUUUGUGGAUCUUAUAUCUGUUUACAGAGAGAGCAGUGGUGCAAAUGCAGAUCCGGCAGUCUUAAGGAGAUUAGCCGAAAAAUUACAUUUGAUGGACAUAAAUGACCUAAAACAAGAGUCAGAAGCAUUGCAUGAGAUGGUGGCCAGCAAAGGUUGUGAUCCUGGGGGAAGAAUAGAAAAGAUAUCAAUGCUACUCAAGAAAAUCAAAGAUUUCGUGCUGUCUGAAAGCCCUGAUAUUAUUAAUGGUGAAAAAGUCACUCCUUCAAGUGAAAAAUGCCAGGCAUCAAAUUUUAAGAAUUCUAAAUCUCUUGCAGUACCAGAUGAUUUUCGGUGUCCGAUAUCACUGGAGAUGAUGAGAGAUCCUGUCACGGUCUCAACUGGGCAGACGUAUGAACGUGGGUGCAUUGAGAAAUGGGUUGAAGCAGGGCACGUUACUUGUCCGAAGACACAGCAAAGCCUUACUAACUUGACCCUCACUCCCAACUAUGUCUUGCGUAGUCUCAUAUCUAAGUGGUGCGAGUCCAAUGGUCUGGAAUCACCCAAAAGAACAGGAAAUUGUGGGGCCUAUACCACUACCUCUUUCUGCACUCCUGCGGAACGUGCUAAAGUUGGUGUUUUACUUCGCAAGCUUCAAUCAGGGAAUCUGGAGGAUCAGCGAUCUGCCGCUGGUGAGCUUCGUCUUCUCGCCAAGAAGAAUGCUGACAAUCGUAUUUGCAUUACUGAGGCUGGUGCAAUUCCGCUACUCAUAGGACUGCUUACAACAGUUGAUCGCCGUACCCAGGAGCAUGCUGUUACUGCACUCCUAAACCUUUCCAUAUGUGAGGAUAACAAAAGUUGCAUUGUAACAUCUGGUGCUCUACCUGGUAUAGUUCAUGUGCUCAAAAAAGGCAGCAUGGAAGCACGUGAGAAUGCAGCGGCCACACUUUUCAGCUUGUCAGUUUUGGAUGCCAACAAGGCCACAAUCGGCUCAUCGGGUGCCAUCACACCGCUUGUUGCAUUACUUGAGGAGGGUAGUCAGCGUGGUAAAAAGGAUGCAGCAACUGCACUCUUCAAUCUAUGCAAAUACCAAGGGAAUAAGGGAAAGGCAGUUAGGGCAGGAUUAGCACCAGCACUGUUGAAGCUUCUAAAAGAGCCUGGAGCUUCAAUGGCCGAUGAAUCAGUGGCCAUACUGUCGAUGCUUGCAAGCCAUACGGAAGGGAAGGCAGCUAUUGGAGCUGCAGAUGGUGCAUUACCUACCUUAGUGAGUUUGAUUGGAAGUGGUUCCCCUAGGAACAGAGAAAACGCAACUUCAGUUCUUGUUCGUCUGUGUUCUAGUGACCAAAAACAUUUAAUCGAAGCACAAGAACUUGGGAUAAUGGGUCCACUUGUUGACCUGGCUGAAAACGGUACAGAAAGAGGUAAAAGAAAGGCUGCACAGUUGCUAGAAUGUAUCAACAGGUUCAUCGAAACCCGGAAGUUAGCUGAUGCAGAAGCCACCGAACACGUUCAGGGGUAAGCAGACCCGUCAUCAUUCUUUUGGUAAGAGCGCGUAAUAUAAGACGAGUUCACUAUUUCUUCUCUUGGUUUCUUGCCGCUGAGAAACUAGAAAGGAUUUUGCUUGUGAUUAAGAAGGGGAGGUGGCAAAUCACCUGCCCUUGCAUAUUAGGUAAUUCAUUUUAGUCUGUCUGAGGGUGCAGUCUAUUAUUCAAAUCAAUGGAUGAAGAUUUUUAGAGCCAUCCAAAGAAAUCAGAGGAAAGCUAACAUCAUCAUGUCAUUGACAUAUAUGUGCAAUGUAUAAAUGUUCCAUUUUUUACUACUACUACUACUACUUUGUAAACAACCUCAAUUUUUUUUCUUUCCCAAGGAAAUAUCAAUGUGUCAUUUUAUUUGGCUGUUCUUUUCGGACG